AGGAGACUCAGUCAGUCAGUCCACGUCGUCUGCGAGGUUCAUGUCCGUGCGUCUCCGGUGAUCGCAUGCUAAUCCACUCACUAAAGUGUCGGACUUCACUUUUCUUGUCUGGACGUAUUUCUAGAAACAUGUGAUGUAAAGAUAAUUCCGUGUACACGCAUGUUUCAUUUAAUAAUUGAAACUUUGUCAUUCAGUGUUGUGUGGUUUUGUUUUUCUCAGAUUUAAAAGUCAUUUUAGUUGUUUUCACACCUGUCCGAUUUGUGUUGUUGAGUUGUCUAGCAUGCGCUCAUUCGGACCGAGGAGCAGUGCCGAUGACCCGCAGAUUUGAACGGUCGGUAGCGAGGAUGUCCGGUAGACUGUGACAGUGCCGCAAGCCACACGAAACGACCACCAUGCGGAAGGACAUCAAGAAAUCGUCCUACUACGUGUGGUUCCUGGGGGCGCAGGAGGCCAAAGGACUGCGAGGCCUGGAGUACAUCACCCCCGUCAUCAGGAGCCUGGUGGAGCAGGAGCGGGAGAUGGAACCGUUCAAAGUGACGCUGCAAGUCAGCCACAAGGGAUUGAAGAUAGUGCAGAACGUUCCGGGCCCGGGGGUGGGACCGGGGGUGGCGGGAGUGACAGUGGGGGCGGCGGUCAAGCCCACCAAAGCCGUGGGUGGUGGCAGCAAACCCGAGGUGGUGAAACACUUGAUCCCGCAUCACGCAGUCACUUGCGUCCACCAACAAGAGGACCUGGUCGCGUGUAUCCUCCUACUGUACAACCCGGUCACUAAGUGUCCUGUGCACGUCCACGCUUACCGUUGUGACUCCGUGGAGACUGCGACUGUGCUUCACGGACAACUGCGCGUUCUCAUCGAGCGACCCGACAACCAGAAGAAAUUGUCAGAGAUAGAGGCGCGGCUGACAGCCAAGGGGCUGUUGUUGCCACAGGCCUCCGUUCGGCGGCGGGUGGCGCCUCCGGGUUCGGACGGUCGCAGUACCAGAGAGUCCGAAUCGUCAGGAGGGUCGUCGUCCGAGCGGCUCUCAGGCGUAGGUCACCAGGAGAGAAUCGCCAAUUUGUACGACUCUCUCGCUGCCGAACUCAGAGAGAAGCUGGGCUCCGGAGGCCCUCAGGCACACGCGCCCAUUCUGUUGCCACCCAGGGACUACGACACGGUUCAUCGCCAGAAAGGAAACCUCUCCGAGAUCAACGCCAGGCGAUGCUUGAAUAUGAAUAUCGUAGGGAUGAAUGCUACCGCCCCGCCGGAGGGAGCCACUGGCCUCAAGCCGACCUCCACCCACGGGCCGGGGAAGAUCGGAUCUAGCGGUGGUUCCAGCGGUAUUGGCUCCGACCACGCGCCUAGUCCCGACCAAGAGACAGACACUAGAUUCUUGGACAACCAUUCAACUUCGGAUGAGGAAUGGAAUACAGAGCCAACCAAGGAGUCGCUGUUUCUGGUGCAGCCCGGGCAGGGCAGCUGGCGCAGCAGUGGAGAGAUGUCACUGCCGCGUGCACGCCGUCUCAACAGCAGUGGUUUCGACCCACCGACGCCCGUACCUGACGGCGAACUGGUCUCACGUCGCCGCAGAGUGAACAGUAGCAACUGUGCUGACUACUACCGCAGCCGCGAGCCGGCAGAAGAGCCGUCCAUAUAUCCCGAUAUGACUAAGCUGAAGAAACAACACAGUGCCGACUCGUUUUCUCAACCCGGUUCUAACACGCACCAACCGGUGGCCCAGCGAAGACGAAAGAAUGCUGAAGAACGCCAGAGGUCUCCCUCGCCCACCAACACCAAAUCUACAAUAGGCUCUUUGACUCCAAGAGAUAGGUUUAACGAUGCGAAAGAGAAAUUCUUGUCUCUUGAAAGGGAAAAACAAGAGGAACGAGAAAGGCAAGAAAGAGCACUGAUUAACGAACGAAGGAGAAACAACCAGCCCAUCGAACCUCCUAUUUCACCCUCUGUAAUGCCGGUUAUGCGAUUGAGGCGUAUGAACAGUUGGUCGAGAAGUAAAGAUUCGGAGGAAGAGGUCGAAGAAUUGUCCCAGCACGGGUACUCAGCGAACGAUGACAACUACAAAUAUCACAACGAGAGAGAAUACGUACACGGUUUGAGGCGUGAACCAUCGUAUUUAAAAAGCCACUCACACGGAAGCAUUCCGGAUUCUGAAGACAAUUCAAUGAUGCAACACGGAAAACCGAGUUUGCCUUAUGUCCACAGAUCUGAAGAACAGCGUCGAAAAGUGAAUCCUAGUCCUUCUACACGUAAUAUAGAUAGCCACGGUUAUAACACACCUGAAGAUAAAUUUAAUCCUCCGAUUAACCGGAGGUACGCUAGUCCGAGAAGAGAACACAGUCCUGCUAUGAAGAAUAGGAAGGAAAGAUGUAAAAGUCCAGUGGGGAACAUUCCGAGAUCGAGUCCAAUGAAAUAUCCUGACGAUCCUCCAAUAGAAGAUACACAUUCGAGGUACGUAGGGAAAAUACCUAGAAGUCAUUUAAAUAUGAACCCUGUGCCAUUUGCUGAAAACAACAGUGCGAUACCACUAGAACGAUAUAGAAGCCCUCCAAGAGUUUCUACAGCUCCAAGACCUUCUCCUAGGCAUCAGAGGUACCCGACACCGAAUAGCGAAGACGAAGAUGACCACGAUUAUAGGAACGUGAUGCAUUCUGAUAUGCGAAAUUAUCCUCAACGUGUGUAUGAUAACAACGACAAAAAGCGAAGGUCAAUGUACGAAUCCAUUGAGGACGAAAGAAGAAGGAAUUCCAACGAACUAGCAAAAGAAUUCAAACGCAGGUCAUUCCAAGAUCACGGACCUACAAUGGAAAUCUGUGCCAACAGUUUAGAUUAUCAAGAACUUGAUGAACGUGAAAGAUACCCAGGACUAGACCGAGAGACAGCAAGAGUUCAUCCAGCUGAUGAAGUUCAGACUUCUUCACCGAGAUAUCGUCAUAGUUAUGCAGAACCUUUUCAUCAGUACCAGCCGACACUACAGCCUCAUCACGAGAUGUUACAUCACACCAACAGCUCCUUGUCGUCGGGUCGGGUAGGGAUGGCAGCCAUUCACCCGUACUGACAUUCUGCUUGCUACGUGCUGUGAUGUACAGUACUUACCUUUAUAACAGGAUUAGCCUGUCCCGACAGCUUCGUAUAAUCAACCAGAAUAACAGCAAGAUCUCCCCAAGAGGUUCUACAGUAUAUAAGUACAGUAAUAAAAUAUUAAAACCCUGUUUGAUCAAAGAAGAUUGCAAUGUAAUAGUAUAGCUAGGGA